AUGGGAUUCUUCAAUUUUCUAUCCAGGCGAACUUCUGAGGUACCUGAAACUGUUGAUCUCGAGAUGCAAGAUCUCGGCGGGGAUUUCGACCACCAGAAUAUUGGACAGAACCUGGACAACAUCAACGCCGAACGGAUUGCUCCAACAUAUGUCGGAACUCCUCAUAUCCAAACCAACCUUCACUCCAAAUUCAAACGCGAAGCAUCAGACCUUAUGGCGUAUGUUCAAUGUACUCAAUCCUUCGAUUGGAGAAUAAAUGACAGGACGAUGGCAGCGAUCUACACCACGAAUUAUAUGAUGAUGCAACAAAUGAUAGAAUUAGUCAACGAGCAUGAGUCAUGGGAAAAUGGACAUGUGCGUAGUACCCGUUCAAUUUCAAAUGGCAGGGUAGAAUACUUCUUCGCCCAACCUAUGGGCUGGAACGCCAAAACCAUUGAAUUGACGCGCAAAAUGGAUCAAGUAUGCGCAGACUAUCUCCGCUAUUGGAGCGACAACUACCACGGUCUCUACGCUACAAAGGUCACUGAAGAGCUAAGGAUCUAUAUUCAAGUCUGGUCGCAAGAAAUCACCUCGGUGUACCGCAACAGUUUCCGGAACAACUGCUGGCUCUUUUUGAUUCGAAUGAUAUAUGAUACUUUGAAACCUUGGAGAUAUUUCUAUUGGAUCUGGAUUCCCUGCUAUUUUUUGUGUCAAUUCACAUAUGGCUUUGGUAAGGAGAACGGUUUCAUGAAUGAUUUUCUGGGUUACCUUUCACUACUAGUGCUUGUACUUGCGGUUCUUUCGUCUUUGUCCAAUUAUUUGCUAGGAUUGUCAUUCUUCUUCUUCAGGGGUUCUACUGAUAUCGGCCAGCAGGAUGAUUCGGACGAUAUUGAGAGCGCUCGCCAAAACGAGACUGGUAUUUUUGGUAAACUAUUCAAGUGGAGUCCCUGGAGUACGUCCUCAGAAACAGGAAAUCCAUCUGAUGGCCAGGUCAUACAAUUGUACCCAGCUGUUGCCUUCAUUGAAUCUACUUUAGCCACAACAAAUGUUAAUGACGUCAAUGUCGUUGAAGUCACAAAUCACGCGGAGGAAAAUAACGAUGCAAAUGAUAGCGGCAAUUUGGAUCUCAGCUAUUCUUUUGACGAUGCCAACGAUCGUGAUCAACCCGUAACAGAACCAAGCACUGCCGAAGUGGGAGGAAUUAUAGUGGAAUAA